AUGGGGAACUCGCAGACUAAAGAGGCCCGUCAGCAGGGAACAGCCUCGUCUGCUCGGGUGGGCGUUGAAUCGAGUAGUACCGGCGCUCCCACGUCGAGGACAGAACGCAUUCCAGACCAGCUCUCAGAUCGACCACCUCUAGCGUCGUACGCUUCAACUGGACGUCGGGGGAGUCGCCCAGAUCUCUCGUUCCUAGGCAUUGGCAGUAAUAGUGAGCGAGAUGUCUCAAGUCUGGAAGUGCGAAGAGAGACGAAACAAGAACGAGAGGCACGUAAGCUUGAGAAAGAGAGGGCAGCAAGACUGAAGGAACGUGAACGCAGCAUGAAGGAAGAGCAUAUUGAUGGUGGCUAUUUAGUGACACAAGGUGUAUAUGUCGGUACCGAAGACUACAACAAAGCCAUCGUUAGGCAACUCAUGAUCGAGCGGCGACUUGCUCCCUUCUGGAGAGGCCUGAAUGAGUUCUCCGAAUCGUGGGCAGAGCAUCAGCUCAUGGCUGCUGCUCGAGGCAUGCCGAUUCCACCUGCAGAUGAGGUGCCUCCUGAGCUUGAGUUUCAAGGAAAAUCAGACCCAUCCAUUAAUCUCCAACCAUCCGACCAAAAUUCGAAGAGCCUCACUGUACCGAGCAGUGCGAGGUCGCUUUCCUACACUUCAAGUGCUUCGUCUUAUCCAACGCCCUCAUUCGCGCAACAAGGUUCGCCCCAAGGCUCACCCCCAACAAGCGCCCCUAUCUUCAGGACUAGGGCCAAGACACUUGCUUCUUUGACCACCUCUUCAAAAAGCAACCCUCAAGCUGACAUGACGCCACGAGAACUCCACCUUCCCAGAGAUCCGACAGUAAAUGGGCAGUCGAUAGAGGUCUUCCUGUACAAAGACGCGUCCGAGUGUCCAAUUUGCUUUCUAUAUUAUCCUCCAUACCUCAACACAACCCGCUGCUGCGACCAGCCCAUUUGCUCAGAAUGUUUUGUGCAGAUCAAACGACCUGACCCUCAUCCUCCGGAACACGAGCAGCCAGAUACCAACGCUCCUCCUGCUUCCGAAGGGGACAGGGACCUAGAAUCGGAAGGACAACUUGUAUCCGAGGUUGCCACUUGCCCAUUCUGCAAACAGCCUGAAUUCGGCAUCACUUAUGCCCCACCGCCAUUCAGGCGUGGUUUGACGUACAGCGCAGGGUCUCAGCCACUUGGUGCAAGCUCUGCUACGUCUUCACAAACAUCCUUGUCAUCGACUGGGUUAUCACCAAGCUCAUCGAGACGGAGGGCUACCUCAUUGUCGGCUACAGCUCCCGGGGUCAUCACAACGGAUAAGAUAAGGCCUGAUUGGGCCUCCAAGUUGGCAACUGCUCGCGCUCACGCGGCAAGAAGAUCUGCGGCAGCUACUGCUCUACAUACAGCAGCAUAUUUGAUGGGAGGAUCGGGUCAACCGGAUCCCCGAGUGUUUGCUCCCUUUGGACGGAGGAAUGUAUUACGGCGGCAAAAUUUCGACGCCAACGGCAACUCUGCACAUCUUGACGCUUUGGCUAUUCUUGCUGAAAGGCAUAAUGCAAGAGAACAGGAGCAGGGGCCCCAAAGUGACGGCUCCUUCAAUCCAUUCCUACCCCCACCUCGUGGCAGUAGUUCACGAAGAAGUAGGAUGGAUGAGCUAGAAGACAUGAUGAUGAUGGAAGCCAUCCGAUUGAGCCUUGCGGCGGAAGAUGACAGAAGGAGGAAGGAGGAAAAGGAGGCCAAAAAAGAAGCCAAGAAGAAGGAAAAGGACACCAAAAAGGCAGAAAAGGCAGCAAGAAAAGCCGGUCUUCAUGCGAUCAACCUGAAUGCGAGCCACGCUGGUACAGAUAGCGGCCCAAGCAGUCCGCUGGCUUGCGUCGAAAGUGCAUCUUCAUCUUUUAUUGAGGAAGAACCGAUCACUUGUGGUAAGGGAAAGGGUGUGGAUCGUACCGGUACCCCGCCACUCGGCAUAACACACCGGAAUCUACAAGAUUUCUCCAGUUCGUCAGCGCCGACUGGCCAGCAGGAUUUAUCUCUUCAGUUCAACGCCCUGGCGUCUGAACCAUCUAAGCGAUCUCAUCUUCGACAGAUGUCCAACGCUUCCUCCUCGGCCUCCUCGCUCAUGGACCCCGGAUCGAGUCAAGCCAUGACGGGCUCGAACACUCCUCCUGGAGGGGGCGCUGGAACUGAGCCCAUGUUCAAUUUUCGCAGCCUUGCCGCCAUGAUAGGUGAUAAUGAAAAGGGCGAGGAUGGUGUUCAUGUGGAGAUAACGACCCGUCCGCAUGCAGAUUCCGACCAAAGCGGAUCGACUCAAGCGUCCUCUGUUCCUUCAGAUGUCCGAUCCCAUCCCAAGCACGAAACCAGUGAGGCCGGAGAUGUUCAGAGCUCGUAG